AAACCUAAAUACAAAGGAAACGCCUUUGCCACAACUUGCAUCACCGGCUGUGAAAAACAGCUACACAACGCCUUGGAAGACUUUGCAGAUUUCUGGAAAGCCGCAGGAAAAAACCUAUCGAGCAUGGCUGACAACUACUUCACAUGUAAGAAGAAGAUGACUUCUAUCUUCACUUACCAUUCCACUUGUCUCGAUGAUAUUUACGACAAGACGUUACACAAAGUGGUCGAAGGAGGGAUUGGGCUUGGGAAAAGAAUGAGUGGUGAGUCAGUGGAUGUGUUCGCUGGAAUGGGCAAAGUCUUUAACACUUUCAACAUUAAGACAAAACUUAACCAGCAAGAUACCGAUGCCUUGCUCCCACCACCAUUGUCCUUUUAUUACUAUUGAUUUUAUUUAUC